UGGAACCUAAAUUUAAAUGUGACUUAAUAACAAAAGUUCUCUCAGUGAUGAAAGAGAAAGGAGUCAGAGAAGACCUUCUGAUUGAGCUUGGCGAAGAUCCUGGGUUUGCCAAGUUUUGAACAGAAUGGAUCUCUCAGAAAUGAACUGAGGAACCACAAAUUCCUGAUACAAAUAAAUUGAAUCAAAUAAUCAAGAGGAAACAAACUGAAAUCAACACCAUGAGAAUACAGUAUAGAGCGGUGAAAGACACGUCUCUUACUGAAAAUGAAAAUAUUUUAGAUAUAGCAGUUAUAAAUGAAACAUUAAAAUGCUUCAAAUUAGGUUCACCUAUUAAGAUGACUCAAGGAAUUCUAAGGCUUAAUGCAAGCAAACAAAACUCUUUUAAUUUUAUCAAAGCUAUUGGGCAUUUGAAUUGCUCUCAUUGGAGUACUAUUUAUCUAUUUUUAUUGAAGAGAAAACAGAAAGAAACUAAAUUAAUACUCAAGAAAUCAUCGUUCAUUAAUGUUGGAAAGUUAAAUAUAAUUAAUAAAGAUACAAGAUUGAGCAGACUUGCCAUUGGCAAGAUCGGUUAUUAUUACAAAGACCUCUUAAGAAUAUUACCUCAAGUCGCAAAGUCUGUUUCUUUUAAAUAAAUUUGAAAUAAGUCAGAAACAAUUUGAAAAGAUUAUGUAUCUCUGCAGAGAUAAACAAGAUCUCUCAUUUUAUGAAUGAAUUAUAGACUUAAGUAAUGCCCCUAAUCUUUCAAGAUCAGUUCAAAACUCCCAAUUAGAGAAACUUUGAUUUGAGGGUUGAGGUUUGAAUUACACAGGCCACUGGAAACAAAACCCAAAUCAUUUGCAGAAUCUGUUUGUAAGCCUAUCUCCUUCAAGAUUUCCAGAUUCGAAUCUUAAAAAUAUCUUGCUGAAUAAGACAGGUCUCUCAAAGAACUCUGUAUUGUUGAUAGCCAGGCAGCACAAUAUUGACCAUCUUAUUAAUAACAUUGAAUAAUAAGUUCAAUUUUAUACUUCAGACUGG